CUGGACGUGUCCGAAAGUGGUGCCCAGAGAGAAAAUAAAAAUAAUCGUUAUUUUAAUAUAAUUGACAAAUAUGAGUGUAUACGGCUAAUUUCUACAGUUAUAACAAAAAUCAAAACAAAAGUUAUUAAUGGGUAAGGACGGGCAAAAGUAUUUUGAAAAGUUGAAGAGGUAAACGUUAAUUUUCCAAUGGGGAAAAAAAACGCGCAUAAGAAAAAGUCCCGUUUUCUACAACACUCUGACCAGACACAGUUGAAAUUUAUUAUACAAUGACUACAAGAGGGGCUGUAUCUCUGUGAUGUAUAGCACAGAUUGGCCUGAGGUCAAGAUGGGGUCAGAGAUGACCCCCGGAGAGGCGCUGUUGACCCCAGCUACGACGGAGAUGGUGUGGAAGCAGUUCUUGGCUUCUGUGACUCGCGGUCUCUCCCAACCUCAGCCUUCAAGAAUGGAACAGGUUAAUCUGACUGCCGUUCGGGUGAGAUUAGCUUCCCUCACACCCACGCCGCCCACGCCUUUCCUCUCCCUGCAUCUCCCAGACACGCCUGAUUUGCUGGCUGUGGGCGUGGGCGGCGCAUGGGCGUGGGUUCUCUUCCUGGUGUUGGCAUACCGUGGCCUCUGCGGCAGGGGCAAGCCAUACACCACGCCCUCUUUGCUUCCCGCCCACGCCGCCCGCACGCUGGCCCUGCUGGUGUUGUUGCUAGUACAGGUGGGCGCAUGCGGAGAGGCUGCGGUGCGCUACUGGAGAUCAUCAGUGCCGCAUGUGCUGCUGGUUCCUGCCGCAUGCGUGGCUCUUCUGUCUACCCUCCUCGCCGCUGUCUUCUACCACGCCAUUGAGACCUGGCGAGCUCCUGCCUUUGUGGUAGUGACGGUAGGCGUGUGGGCAUGCGGCGUGGGGGUGGGCGUGGUGAGGGCGUGGCAGGUGGUGGGCGGGGGCGUGCCGCUUCACUUAGUGUAUCCCACCUUAGCCAUCCUGAGCCUCGCCUUCGCUACUGUGCUGCUACUGCUGGACCUGUGGACCCUCCUGACAUGGACGUACCGACAACGGCACUGUGAGGUGCUGGAGAUCACGCCCGGGGCGGAUGAUGCGGGCGUGGGCGGCGUGGGUGUGGGCGGCGCCGGUCUCAACUACCGCCACCCUCUGGUAGGUCUUCCCAGCCGUGCUACCUUUGUCUGGUUCCUGGGCGUCCUCAGACUGGGCUGGCAGAGGCCCCUGGAGUUCACCGACUUCGGAAAGUUACCCAAGGAGGAGGAAUCCCGCUUCCAGUACGAGAGGUUCUUCAGCACUCUGCACAGAGCGAUACCUUGCCCCAAUAAAACCUACUUCCAGAGAGUGUAUUUUCUUCACUGCUCUCCGACAUAUUCCUUUUCGACUCAUCCCCUCCCUUUUCUUCCUUCCAAGGCCUGUUGCAGUAAGUCAUAUCAGGUCGGGUGGGAGGUCAGGUCACCGUCGCUUUGGAAAGUCUUCGCCAAGACGUACUGGCGGCAGAUGGCAGCCGGCGGGGUCUUGAAGUUGCUAGGAGACGCCGUCAACGUAGUGGGACCCCUGGCCAUAGCACUCAUCGUCUCGUACGUCAGUGAGGUUCAGGACGGGUCCCUGAAGCAGCAAGGCGUCAUAGUCAGGCAGCUUUACUACGUUGGAUGGCGAGAGGCAGUGAAGAAUGGCUGGGUGGUGGCAGUGGUGGCACUGGUGGCAGCCUUAGCCCAGUCAACCCUGAGCCAGGCCUCCACCCACUUGGUCGCCAUGGAGGGUAUCCAUGUGAAGGCUGCCUUACAGGCCAUGGUCUACCGUAAGGCCCUCCGUCUGGCCUGUAGCGCACCCAUAGACCCACCUGAAGAACUCCAGGAUAAAGCCACACCCCAGGCAGCUAAGAGUGCGACUCAAGGAGCAUUGCCAAACAGUGCAAGAGGAGCAGUGCAAAACGGUGUCCGAGGAGCAGUGCCAGGUAGUGCCCGAGGUGCCGUUGACACCGGAGCUGUCAUUAACCUGAGCUCGGAGGAUGCCGACAAUGUCAUGACAUUCUUCAUGCACUGUCACUACACCUGGGCCAUCCCACUCAAGGUGGGAGUGAUCAUGGUGCUGCUGUGGGUUCAGCUUGGGCUGGCAGCUGUGGCAGCUGCUGUGGUGGGGAUCCUGCUGCUCACACCACUGCAGUUUAUCCUCUGCAAAAAGAUCGCUGCUGUUAACAAGAAUUUUCUGGAGGUGAGUGAUGAGCGACUUCGUCAGACACACGAGCUGGUGACAGGUGUCAAGCUGGUGAAGGUGCACGCCUGGGAGGAUGUCUUCGUUAGGAGGAUCACACAAGUCAGGGAGAAAGAGCUGGGUCUCCUACACCGAGACUCUGUUCUCCGAGCACUCAUGACGUUCCUGACCCAGGGGUCAGGUGUGGUGGUCAGCCUGGUGACUUUUGGUCUGUACUCGUGGGUGGAAGGGUCGGCCCUGGAGCCAUCCCGGGUAUUUUCCGGCCUGGCACUCUUCAACCAACUCACAGUGCCACUCUUCAUUCUCCCCAUCAUCGUCUCCCACACCAUCAGGGCCAAGAACAGCACUCGUCGUCUGGAAGAGUAUUUCAGCUCCCCUGAGGUAGAGGGCCCUAAGACCCCCAAAACCCCCAUUACCCUGAGGGUGCACAAAGCCGGGGGAGGGGCCAAAGGAGGUGGUGUUAAGGGCAAGGGCGCCACCAUGCCCCUAGGAGCAAGAGGCCCAGGAAGGUCACACUCCAGGGAGGAGCCCUUGUUGGGUGACACCAAACUCUCCCGUCUCUCCAGACUGACGGAGGAAAGCAGGCCAGCAUCAUCGUGCUCACUUGCGUCCACCGUCUCCAAGAAAUCGACUUCGGUCAGAGAAAACGGGACUGUGACCACGACUCUGGCACUGAAUAGUGAUUCAGAGGAAGAACUGGAAUUUGAGAGAUGGAAGAAACAGAAGAAUGGUGGUGCCAGGCUGACGUCAGAGGGCCACGAGGUGGCGGUCAGCGUGCAGAGUGGCACCUUCACCUGGGAGCACCAGGGCCGCCUCUCUGUUCUGGAGAACAUUACCAGUGAAGUACCUGCAGGUGGACUGACAGUGGUGGUGGGUGGUGUGGGCUCCGGUAAGACCUCCCUCCUGCUGGCUCUGCUGGGAGAGAUGCACACACUCCGGGGACAGCUACGAUGGACCGGGGAGAUGUCAGUGUCGUACGUGUCGCAGCAUCCCUGGCUGAUGAAUGCCACCUUGAAGGACAAUGUUGUUUUUGGGAGACGCGUCUUGGCCAAGCGGUACCAGCGGGUCCUUCAAGCCUGUGCUCUCACACCUGACAUAGAGAUCCUGCCUGCUGGGGACCAGACGGAGAUAGGAGAGAGGGGCAUCAACCUGUCAGGUGGUCAGCGGCAGAGAGUAGCCAUAGCCCGGGCCUUGUACUCCGAUGCUCGCACCGUCAUUCUGGAUGCGCCUUUCUCUGCCCUGGACGCUGGCGUCGGGGCGCAGGUGUGGGAUGAAGGCAUCGUACAGCUGCUGCUACGGAGACGUCGGACAGUCAUUCUGGCCACUCACCUCACGCACCUUACACGACGCGCACACAAGAUCAUUUAUCUGGAAGGUGGAAGGAUCGUGCUUCAGGGCAGCCCUUCGGAGGUAUCUCUGGCUGCCCCUGAGCUGUGGAAGCAGUGGGAAGUGAGCGAGGGACGUCUAGCCCCUCGGGACCCACAGGGACUUCAGGAAGGACGCACCGCUAGGGAACGCUGGACUCUCCUUAGGCUGGUCACUAGGAUCUCUAUGCAGAGAUCCUCUUUCCUUAGGAACCUUCGCAGGAGUGAAGAGAAUAAGGAAGAAGAGGAGGAUGAGGAAGACUACGGUCCAGACCCCGGCAGUAGCUGCAGCAGCAGCUGCAGGAGACUGAUGCGUCAGUACAGUGUUAAUCGUCACGUCUCGCACAACGCCCUCCUGCCGGGGGAUGAGUGCCAGUACCUGCCAGAGCUGACACCACCGCUCUCCAGGCACUCCCUGCACUACUCACACUCAGCCAAGCUACAGCUCUUCAGGAUCAAAUCAAGUGCUCCUGCCUUCGGCCGUAAAACGUCUCAGUUCCAGAGGAAAGGUCUUCCUCGUCACGCCAAGAGCCUGCCUCCCCAACCCCGCCCACUGCCCUGCCUCAAGCCUGUCCCUGCAGGAGUGCCCCGCCAAGGCAUGCUUCACAGGCUCUUCUCCAGUGCUUCCCUCAGAUCCAAUAAACGACCAAGCACUACGACGGUUGAUAAGUGGCACCUUGGUCGCAUCCUCGCCUCCAACGACCUGGAGGAGGACCUCGAACUGGAAGAGGAAGUGCCUUUGGAGGAGGACGUGGAGGGUGGGAAGUUGAUGGGUGAGGAGGAGAGAGAGAGAGGGAGGAUCUCCAAAUGGAACUACAUUAUUUACCUGAAGGCGUGUGGACUGAGCCUUGGGUUGGGUUAUCUCUUCUGCGCCUUCGCUGGGCAAGGAGUGUCAGUGGGUCUGGACUUCUGGCUGGAGAGCUGGUCAGGGGAGGCCAAUUCUUGGAACGCUACAGAGCAAAAAAAUUGGCAGGCCUUCAAGACCCACUUGGCGCAGGCGAAUGACCCCAUGGGCAAGGAAGGAGGUGUAGAGCCUCACAUCCUCAACAUACGUGAGAGGUACCAGCACUAUGUGCAGGAUACGAUGCGCUACUACUUCAGCAUCUAUGCUCUGCUCUCCGUGAUCUCCAUACUCCUCUCCCUCUCUACCAACCUCCUGGCUCAGUUUGCCGCUGGCCGAGGCAGGAGACGUCUCCACCAAGACAUGUUGGAGAACUUGGUCCGUUGCCCCAUCCGUUUCUUUGACACUACACCUGCUGGAAGGAUCAUGAACCGGUUCACAACUGAUACUGCUAUGAUUGACAAGGAGCUGGCGAGAUCGGUGACACACCUGCUGUUCUUCGUGCUGAUGGUGAGCUCUGCGGUGCUGGUUAAUGUCAUCAUCACACCUGCCUUCCUGGCUGUUGCUGUCCCCAUCUGUGGCAUCUACUACGCAGUCCAGAAGUUCUUCAGGUGUUCCUCCAGGGAGCUGAAGCGCCUGGAGAGCUUGUCGAGGUCACCGCUGUACAGCCACUUGAGCGAGAGUGUGAGAGGAGCUGUGGUGAUCAGAGCUUACGGUGACCAGCGCAGGUUCACUGAUGUCUUCCUGCGUCGUCUGGACACACACGUAGCAGCGUUCACACUACUCCACGCUGGCAACAGGUGGCUGGGGAUCUGUCUGGACUACAUCGGUGGGUUCAUAGUAUUCUUUGCAACAUUGGCAUCUCUGCUGUGGUCGACGGUGGUUAAUAACAGCCUUAGCCCAGCCAUGGUGGGUCUGGCUGUCAACUACACCCUCCUGGUACCCGUCUACCUCAACUGGGUGGUCCGCUUCCUUGCUGACACGGAGAUGUGUCUCAAUGCAGUGGAGAGAGUGCAGCAGUAUGGCUCCUUGCCCAGGGAGGAGCAGCAGCACUUGCAGCAGGAGCCGAAACAGCAGGACACAGAAACUCUCCCACAUUACCGCCGACGUAACAGUCAACUCAGCCACAGAUCAUGGAGGUCAGGGUCAUCCACGGGUUCGGGGUCAAGCAGGAGGUCAUCAGGGCUUCCUCCGGGCUGGCCUCUCAAGGGUCACGUCGAGUUCCGUGAUGUCAGCUUGACGCAUGACCUGUCCUUGGAACCUGUGCUGACCGGACUCAAAUUUACUAUUGCUGCAGGAGAGAAGGUAGGGCUGUGCGGUCGUACUGGCAGUGGUAAAAGCUCGCUGAUCCUGAGUCUGUACCGCCUGGUAGCAGCCAGUGAGGGUACGAUUCUCAUAGAUGGCACUGACAUCAACAGUGUCCCCCUGGCACUCCUCCGAGGCUCCAUAUCCCUCAUCCCGCAGGACACUCAGCUCUUCUGCGGCACCAUCAGGUUCAACUUGGAUCCACUGGGGGAGCGUCCAGACGAGCACCUGUGGAAGGCCCUGGAGGUGGCGCAACUCAGCACUCUGGUGAGCGCCAUGCCUGAUGGUCUAGAGAGUGAGGUGAGUGAGGGAGGUGGCAACUUGAGUGCUGGCCAAAGACAGCUCUUCUGUGUGGCCCGAGCCGUGCUGACGAGAUCAUCACUGCUCAUACUGGAUGAAGCCACCUCCGCUCUAGACGCCGCCACAGAAAGAGCACUACACCACGCACUCCACACAACCUUCCACCACGCCACCCUCAUCACUAUUGCACAUGGGAUUAGCAGUCUAAUGGAGUAUAGCCGUGUACUCGUCUUAGAAAACGGGAAACUUGUAGAAGAUGGGAAUCCUGCAGAACUAGCUAAGAAAGAAAACGGAGCAUUUGCCAGGCUUCUUGCAAAUUCAAAUGACAGUACAAAUGAUGAUAAUUCCGGAGAAGGCAAGAAAAACUACAAAGAAAAAGGACAGCAGAACGAAGAUGUGGACAGCGAUGGAAAGAGAAGACUGAAGAGAGUAUGACGAUGACGGAGAGACAAAUAAUCAACAUGAAAAUGAAAUACAAGACAUCUUGUGUUAAACUUCACUAUUUUCUUGUAAAAAUAUUCCUCCUGACCUUAUAAAGUAAAAAAAAUCACUUAACUAUAAAGUGAUGGUGAGAGGCACCAUUUUUACAGUGAGGGAAGAGGAAAUACACCUUAAAGACUUUAUUGUAGAGAACUGUGUGUAAACACGAUGAAUCUGUGAUAUAAACGGUUUAAUAAAGCUGCAAAAUUAAUGAUAAAACUUAAUGAUAUGAGCCAUAUGGGUUUAGUGCUUUCUUUUGGUUUUAUUGACGAUAAAUGACACUUGAAAACUUUGGCCAAAAAUCAGAUGCAUGGUUGUGUGAACGAUAGAUAGAUCUAAUUAAUAAAUACCGGUAUUGUAAAGGAGAAGCGGUAAACCUGUUGGAGUCAUACAUCUUGGGUGAGGGGAGACAAUAAGGUUUGAGCCAAGGAGAUGGUCAUGUCCAGUUCCUUGGAUCACGAGACCAUCACCUGCACCGAAGCAGCUCACUUGAGGGAUGCUGGAAUUAUAUAGAGCCUGGGGAAUGGGAGGUCAUCAGGCAGGUCCUGGGCAGGGUAAGGUAGUUUUACUCUGAUCAAGAGCCCUUCACUUUCAAGUCACCACCAUGGAUUAAGAGCCCAUCAAGGCACCCCCUUCGAUCAAGAGCCCUUCACUGUUAAGGCACCACCAUGGAUCAAGAGCCCAUCAAGGCACCACCAUGGAUCAAGAGUUCAUCGAGGCACCACCAUGGAUCAAGAGCCCAUCAAGACACCAACAUGGAUCAAGAUUCCUUUACCAUGAAGGCACCACCAUGAAUCAAGAGCCCAUCAAGACACCAACAUGGAUCAAGAUUCCUUUACCAUGAAGGCACCACCAUGAAUCAAGAGCCCUUGAAUAGCAUCUGGAUUAUCGUGUCCACGAGCCGGCAUUCCAUCGCACCUUCAUGUCAGAUUUUUAAUAUGCAAUCCCAAAAUCCAUUUUUCUUCUUGAUUCGAGACCUCCAGCUGGGGUGAGAAUUUAUUUGUCAAACAGCCACUGCAUUUUUUUUACUAGAUAAAUUGUUGUAUAUUUUAGAAAUUUAUAGAAAUAGCAAUAAUUGGGAAGCCCAGAUAUUUGUGAACAUUGAACUUUAACAGAGCAAAUAGGGCACAAUACCGUGACUGGAACAGUACGGUGACUGGAACAAUACGGUGACUGGAACAAUACCGUGACUGGAACAAUACACAAAUAACCCGCACAUAGGAGAGAAAGAAGCUUAAGACGACGUUUCGGUCCGACUUGGACUAUUUACAGUCACACUUUGUAAAUGGUCCAACUCGGAUCGAAACGUUGCAUUAAGCUUCUCUAUCCCAUGUGCGGGAAUAUUUGUGAAUAUUACACUUCAAGGAGAGGAAUGAUGGAGCAGGACGAGCCUUGAUGCCAGUGAAGGAUAUCGAUCCCGGCAGAGCUCUAUCACCCAUGAGGGUUUAGUUACCUGCUUUUUAAAUCAAACCUCAUUAGCUCGUAUAUUCUAGGCACUAUAACUUUACGUAAAAGUUCAGCGCUUCGCAAGAAAUUUAAUAAUUACCAAUAUUGAAAUUAAUACACACACACACA